AGGGAAAGAUGGCGUCCUCUAACAAUCCUCGCAAAUUUAGCGAAAAAAUCGCUUUGCAUAAUCAGAAACAGGCGGAGGAGACCGCGGCGUUUGAAGAAGUGAUGAAGGACCUGAACAUCACCCGGGCGGCACGGUUGCAGUUACAGAAGACCCAGUAUUUGCAACUAGGGCAGAAUCGUGGACAGUACUAUGGAGGCUCACUGCCCAAUGUCAAUCAGAUUGGAAAUGGCAACAUUGACCUGCCUUUUCAGAACUCGGUGCUGGAUACCAGUCGGACAACCAGGCACCACGGGUUGGUGGAGCGCGUUUACCGUGACCGGAACCGCAUCACGUCUCCCCAUCGACGGCCCCUGUCAGUCGACAAGCACGGACGUCAAAUUGACAGCUGUCCUUACAGCUCAGUUUACCUCUCCCCACCACCAGACACUAGCUGGAGAAGGACAAAUUCGGACUCUGCCUUACACCAGAGCGCCAUGAAUCCCAAGCCGCAGGAGGUGUUUGCAGGGGGAUCACAGGAGCUGCAGCCUAAACGAGUGCCUGGGACGGAGAGCUCAGAGUCAAAUGCAGACAAGGAUGCACAGAAACAGUUGUGGGAUGACAAGAAGGAUGAUUCUUCAAAGUCUAACACAUGUGACGUCCCUGGAAUCAAUAUAUUCCCAUCACCGGACCAGGAGUUGAACCCAUCUGUGCUCCCAGCUGCACACAACACUGGCGGUUCACUACCUGAUUUAACUAACAUCCAGUUCCCUCCGCCUCUGUCAACUCCACUGGACCCUGAGGACCCUGUGGCCUUCCCCUCCCUCAGCUCCGCUAACAGCACGGGCAGCCUGACCACCAACCUCACCCACCUGGGCAUCAGUGCCGCCAGUCACGGGAUCCCCGCUUCCUCUCAGCCUACCAUGACGGCAAUGGCACAACGCCGCCAGCCACCCGUGGUGCCACUCACCCUCACCUCCGACCUCCACCUUCAACAGUCGCCGCAGCAGCUGUCACCCACCCUUUCCUCGCCUGUUAACAUCACGCAGGUCGUGCCAACAGAGCCGCUGACCCUGGAGCAGCAGCUCUCCCAGUACCCCCUGUUCAACCAGCUGACAGCUCAGGCCCAGGCUCAGCUGCUCAGUGACCUCCAGAAGCAGCAGGCCCUGCCGCAGGGUAUCCAGCUCAUCACCUUGCCAACUCUCGCCUCCUCCGGCACGCCCACCGCCACAGUCAGCAGCCCCUCCCCAGACAGCCAGACCACCGCCAGCAUCAGCAUCGGCUCGUAUCGCAAUCAGACUGGCUCACCAGCCACUCAGUCUCCAACCUCCCCAGUCUCCAAUCAAGGCUUCUCCCCGGCGGCUCGGCCUCAACACAUUCCCGUGGUGGGCAGCAUAUUUGGAGACUCCUUUUAUGAUCAGCAGUUGCGCGAGGCAGACAAUGCUCUCUCUCACCAGCUCGAGCAGUUCAACAUGAUCGAAAGCCCCAUUAGCUCCACCAGCCUUUACAGCCAGUGCUCCACCCUGAACUACACACAGGCAGCCAUGAUGGGGCUGACCGGGGAGCAGCUGCGGACUCCCAGCAGCUCGGCUACGCAGCCACGGCAACAUCCAAACAUCAUCCUCACAGUCACAGGUGAAUCCCCGCCGAGCCUCUCCAAAGAGCUGACCAACUCUCUGGCUGGCGUUGGCGACGUUAGCUUCGACGCAGACUCUCAGUUUCCUCUGGAUGAGCUGAAGAUCGACCCGCUCACCCUGGACGGACUACACAUGCUCAACGACCCCGACAUGGUGCUUGCCGACCCCGCCACCGAGGACACGUUCAGGAUGGACCGGCUGUAACGACAGAGGCCGACGGUAGCUGGGUACAAAGAGGAAGAAAAGGGACGCACUUACUUGUGAAUGGAGAGAAGAAAAGGGCAGGAUGAACCCUCUCCCUCGUUGCAUGGCCGUCCAGCUGUCCGACCUCGCCCUCAACUCAGUGAAGCCCUUUGAAACGAUGUGCCACCAAAGACAACAGGGAAAAAGACAUCCAGUGGCUUUCCGGGGACGGCCUCGCUGUCGUUUGAAUGAGAUUGGUUCGCUCAGCGCUUUUGCUAGGCUGCUGUGUUUACAGUGUACCAUUACAUGCCACAUAUACUCCAAAAUGCACAUUUGACCAAUUUUAUUUCUUCCAUAUCCACUUUAAUAUUUGUUUGUUGAUGUUUGCUUGUAGCAGGAAGCUGCCAGGACAUUGGGCUAAAACGAAUCCGUUCUGACCGGCUGUGUACAAAAAAAGAAGAAAAAACAAAAAACAACAGGCAGGUUUGCCCAAAACCUGCUAAGAGAUUAAUCGGUUUUCCCAUCAUGCCAUAAUGGCUUUCUAUUUCACAUUCAAGCUUUAUUUUUGACAACCAAUGUUA